AUGAACAAAUAAUAGGAGUUGAAUGCUUUUGAGAAUGGAAAGAAAUUUAAAAUAAAAACUGAACGUAGUACUUAAAUUGCAUCUCCUAAGAACAAAGAUAUGGAUACAUAAGAAGAUAUUGUUAAGAAAUUGACUGAUAAUUAUAAGAUGUAAUAAAAAGAGAUUGAUAAAUUAUUUAUAACCAUAGAGAAUAAGGAAGAUUAAAUAAGGAAAUUAUAAGAUUUUGUUAAGUUGUAAUAAAAAGAGAUUGAUCGGUUAACUCACAUUAAUGAAUACCUUAUGCAAGCAAAUUAGACAAAAUUAAGUAUAUUAAGAGAUGAAAGAUAAUUGAAUUAAGGAGGUAAGACAAACCAAAAAUUUAAAACUCAUAAAUCAUUAUUACCAUUAGAAAAAAAGAGUAAUAAAAUAACAGAAGAAGGAAAUACUUAAUCAGUAAAAUUAUUUAGGAGAUAAACGUUUCGAAAUCCAACUUUAGUAAGGUUUCAUCAAGAUGAUGGAGAUACAUUUAAAAAUGAUAGGAAUACAUCUGGAGCAUCUAAUUUUUAUGAUAUUUUAUAAUAAGAAGAUUGUUUUAGAACCAAUGCAAUUUUGAAUAUUUAAUUAUGUAUAUAUAAAUAAAUAUACUUUAGCUGAUGAAGAUGCUACUACUUAAUAUAAUAUAGAUGGUACAGUCUCAUUAAUGAAAGUGCUUUUAGAAUCUGAAGAAAACUUUUGUGACAUAAUCUAAUCAAUUUCAGCAUAAAAAUUAUCAUUCUUAUAUGAUAAAUUCAAAAGAAUAAUGUCAGAUCAUUAAUAAUUAUUUAUCUUAGUCUUAAGACUCAAAAAAAUAGUUACAGGUGCUUUAUAAAUGAAUUCAUCUGUUCUAUUAGAUGAUGCAUUAUAAACAAUUAUUGAUAAAUGUAUUGAUUGUUUAGAAUGUGAUAGAGCAUCUUGUUUUAUAGUUGAUUAAGCAAAAAAGGAAUUAUGGACUAGAGUUGCUAAAGGUACACAAACAACUAUAAGAUUAUAAAUUGGAUAAGGACUUGCAGGAUUUGUUGCUUAAAAUAGAAUAAUUUUGAAUAUUGAAGAUGCAUAUAGAGAUUAAAGAUUCAAUACCUAAUAAGAUGUAAAAAAUAAUUAUAAAACAAAAACAUUAUUAAUAUCACCCAUUUUAGAUGGAGAUAAAUGUAUGGGAGUUUUAUAAUGUGUCAAUAAAUCAAAUGGAUAUUUUACUAAAGAUGAUGAAGCAUUAUUAUAAAUUAUGGGAGAAUUCAGUAAAAGUGUCUUAAAAAAUGCUAUGAAUCAUGAUGCUUAGAUGCUAAUUUAAAAUAAACUAAGACAUAUUAUUAAAACAGGAAUCAUUCUUUAAAGCAAGUAAGAUAAUCUUAUUGAUUUAAUUCUAUCAGCAGAAGAAAGAUUACGAUCAUUAAUGAAUGUAGAUUAAGCCAAAGUUGUUUAUUAUAAUUAAGUUCUAUCUCACAUCAAUAGAGAUGGCAAAUUAAGUUAAAUUGAUACUUUAUUGGGUAUCAUGGGACUGUGCAUAAAGGAUCAAUAAUUGGUGGCAGUGAGCAAUUGUUACACUAGUCCAAUAUUUAAUCCUAAUAUUGAUAUAGAAACAAAUAUGCCUAUUAUUUGUAUGCCGUUAAAAACCUAAAAUCAUUAAAUAAUUGGAGCCAUAUAAGUAAUUAAUGUCAAAGGUAUUGGUAACAUUUCUUCAAACAGUGAAGCCAAGAUAAAUUCUAUAGAUUUAGAUAUGCUAGAACUCUUUUGUUAGUAAUGUGCUUAAAGUUUGUAAUAAUGUAAACAAUCAAUCUAAUGA